UCUUUCUGGGCGUUUGUGGUGACUUUGGCUUCCUGUCUGUGUCAGAGCGACGAGCUUUCCCUGCAGAAGAAGCUGCGGACCGAAGUCAUCCAGCUGGAGGACACGCUGGCGCAGGUCCGCAAGGAGUACGAGAUGCUGCGCAUCGAGUUCGAGCAGAACCUGGCCGCCAACGAGCAAGCAGGACCAAUCAACCGGGAGAUGCGACAUCUGAUCAGCAGCCUUCAGAACCACAACCUGCAGCUGAAGGGCGACGUGCAGCGCUACAAGAGGAAGCUGCGGGAGACGCAGAUGGAGAUCAAUAAGCUGCGCUCGCAGAGCGGAGACGCAGGCGUUCUGAUCCUGGAGGAGACGACGAGCGACGGCAUGGACGUUAAAAAGGAGGAAGAAGACGACCAGGAGGAAGAGGAGGAGAGGAGGAAGGAGCUGGAGAGACAGCGGGCGAGGAGAGAGAGAGAAAGAGAGAGAGAGGCCGAGCGAGGGCGGGAGAGGGAGAGAGAGAGAGAGAGGCAGUGCAGCGAUGAGCUGAAGAGGAAAGACUCGGAUACGCUGAAGAUGCUCCGAGUCGAACUCAAGAAAGCUCAGGAGUCGCAGAAAGAGAUGAAGCUGCUGUUGGACAUGUACAAGUCGGCUCCGAAGGAGCAGAGAGACAAAGUGCAGCUAAUGGCCGCCGAGCGCAAGUCAAAAGCAGAGGUGGAAGACCUGAGGAUGCGAGUUCGAGAGCUGGAGGAGAGGGAGAAGAAGGAGAGCAAGAAGCUGGCUGAUGAAGACGCCCUGAGGAAGAUCCGCGUUGCAGAGGAAACCAUCGAGCAUCUGCAGAAGAAACUGGCAGCCACCAAGCAGGAGGAGGAGGCGCUGCUGAGCGAGAUGGAUGUAACGGGCCAGGCCUUCGAAGACAUGCAGGAGCAGAACAGCAGGCUGCUGCAGCAGCUACGCGAGAAAGACGACGCCAACUUCAAGCUGAUGAGCGAACGCAUCAAAUCCAACCAGAUCUACAAGCUGCUGAAGGAGGAGAAGGAGGAGCUGGCGGACCAGGUCCUCACCUUCAAGACGCAGGUGGAUGCCCAGCUGCUGGUGGUGCAGAAGCUGGAGGAGAAGGAGGGAGUCCUGCAGACGACUCUGGCUGCCCUGGAGAAGGAGCUGGCGGUCCGGACUCAGGCCCUGGAGCUCAACAAGAGGAAGGCGGUGGAGGCUGCGCAGCUGGCGGAGGACCUGAAGGUGCAGCUGGAACACACGCAGGCCAAGCUGAAGGAGAUCCAGGUCUCUGUGGCGGAGAACCGCACCGCCCGUGAGAGGGAGAGCAGCAACCUGAAACGGGCACAGUCUGAACUUUGUCCUGGUUCUGCAGGAGGAUCUGUUCGGCUGAGGAGGAAGCUGGAGAAGCAGAAGAAGGUGGAGGUUUACUCUGACGCAGACGAGAUCCUGCAGGAGGAGAUCAACCAGUACAAGGCCAAGCUGCGCUGCCCCUGCUGCAACACGCGGGACAAGGAGACCGUCCUCACCAAGUGUUUCCACGUCUUCUGCUACGAGUGUCUGAAGAUGCGCUACGACACGCGGCAGAGGAAAUGCCCCAAGUGCAACUGCGCCUUCGGAGCCAACGACUUCCACCGCAUCUACAUCACCUGAGCGGCCGAGCGAGAGAGAAAGAAAGGAGAGACUGAACCAAAGGGGAGAAGAGACCAGAGGGGGGAGCAGGAGGACUGCAGAUUCACUCAGACAUUUUUAAUCUUUGGAAAAGACUCGUUUUAUCAGAUUGUUUUCCAUUUGGUGACCAAACAUGGUGAUUUAUCUGCCUGAGUGUGUUGUGAGCUAGUUUAAUAAACACACACCUGUGAGGGAAGCGAC